CGGGGGAGGAGACCUACGCUGCUAUGGCGCUCAUGCUCGGCGCCCUGCGCCUCCUGCUCGGCGUCUUCUUCGCGCUCACCGGGGCUGCUAAGCUCUUGCAGGUCUCGGCCCCCGUGUCACAACAGAUGAGAGCCUUGUUCGAGCAGUUUGCUGAGGUGUUUCCAUUGAAGUUGGUCGGCUACCAGCCAGAUCCUAGAAACUACCAAACAGCUGUGGGCUGGCUGGAAGUGCUGGCUGGGUUGCUGCUGGUCGUGGGUCCACCUUCGCUCCAAGUGAUCAGUAACCAGUUCUUGAUCCUGCUCAUGAUGGGGGCCAUCUUCAAUUUGGUGGUUCUGAAAGAGUCACUGAGGACCUAUAUCCCAGCUGUUGUCUGUUUGGGACUGCUGCUGCUGCUGGAUACCUGCCAGUUCUUAGCUCGAACUAAGAGGGUGGUCAGACGCCGCCGUGGCAAGAGGAUUCCUGGUGCGGUCUGGAAGUCUGGGAACUGAGUCUUCAUGCCAUGCAUUUGCCACAGCAGGAACAGUCGCACAACAGUGUCUGCCACUUUGUUAGGCCCACAUUCAUUCCGUGUAAAAGAGGUGCCUUGUCUACCAAUCUCCUCUCAUAACUGUGUUGCCCUGUUUUGAGUGGGGUAUUAGCAUUCUUCAUGUCAUGUGAAAACAGGAAAUAAGCAGAAAAGAAACCAAAACCAACCCAAAUUCUAAUACCCCAUACAUAAAUAAUCAUUUCAUUUGGUGUAACUGUACCUGUUGACUUUUUUAUGAUUGUAUACAGAUUAUUUUAUUUUUUUAAUGAAAAUGAGACAGUAUAGCCUGU